AUGGUCUUAGAGCCGAUCUCACUACACCAUAAAAAUUGGACCAAACAUGGACUGUUGUCCUCCCGAUUGGUCCUCCUCACCCGCGACGACAUCACAAGUUGUCGCUUGUCUAUCCACCCCGACGGACUGUUCCUCUGCAACCCACACCGCAAAGCCUCGCACCGCUUUACUCGCCUGCCACCUCCGCGGGACGCAGCGCGGCUACCCACCGGAGACGCUGCUCAGGCUGCUUCCAUACAGCUGGCGGGCUGGACGCGUGAGCUCCUACAGGCACGGGGAUACACCAUCACGCCCCUCGAAGAGACCCUGGAGGCGGUUCCGGUGGGCGGCGAGAAGGACCGGAAGAUGCGUCUCUUUGGCUACAAACUGGUCAACGAGGGCGCGAUGCCGACUUUGCUGGUGCAACACAGCCUGCCACACACCGUCAACCUCUUCCAGGUAGCCGUGAAGGUGAGGGUGGGGAAGCUGGACGAGACAGUCACGUCUGUCGCUGCGGCUGCAGCUGCUGAAGACGCGGACGGCGCUCCAUCUCCCCCGCGAGUGUCAUGGUACAAGUGGGAAAAUGUGGUGGAGGGGACGGGGCGCGCGAUGGACGUGAACAAUCUCGAGUUCGACAGGCGAGAACGCAGGAUCGUUUUCCGGACGAUGCUGCGGCGUCAGGGGCGCAACGUCUACACGCUAGGGAUCGAGUUCUCUGUCAUAACACACGAGAGGAGAUCUUCUGGGGUCGCUAUUAAUAUUGAUGCGGAGUCCGAGAUGAGUUGGGCACCUAGCGUUGAAGCGGAAUCGUAG